UUGGGUAACAAAACUAUAUUGAUAAGAGCAAAGUUCAUUUUAAUUGCAACAAUAAGCGGGUUUAAUCGGAGUCUACGAAAGAUUAGAAACUUAAAAAUAUUCUUCUUAAGGUGGCUUAUUUUGUUAGUGUCUUUACUUAAAUUCGUCUUUUUAGAUUGCGUGAACGAUAAAAUGGCUUUGAUUCCGGCCGUAACCCGGCUAACCUCAUCCGUUAUCCGGAUCCUGGGCUGCAAUCCCAGUCCCAUGACACUCCAGGGCACGAACACCUACUUGUUGGGCAGUGGGAAGCGGAGAAUCCUUAUCGACACCGGCGACGAGGAUGUGCCGCAGUACAUUGAGCACCUGAACGAUGUGUUGAAGCAGGAGCAGGCCUCCAUCGACACCAUCCUGCUGACCCACUGGCACCACGAUCAUGUAGGCGGAGUAAAGAGCAUUCUGGGCACCAAGUUGGCGGAUAAGGACUGUCGCGUGUUUAAAUACAAACGCACGGAUGCCCAGGAUGUGUGCCCUGAGAUACCCGCGCACAUUAAGCUCCAUCCGUUGGCGCACAACCAGGAAUUUCAGACGGAGGGAGCCAAUGUGCGAGUGGUGCACACGCCAGGACAUACCACCGAUCAUGUGGUGUUGGCCAUGAACGAGGGCACCCUCUUCAGCGGCGACUGCAUCCUGGGCGAGGGUACCGCCGUCUUUGAGGAUCUGUUCGAGUACAUGAAGAGCCUGGAGCGGAUACUGGACAUCAAGCCGCUGCGCAUCUUCCCGGGUCAUGGCAAUGUUAUCGAGGAACCUAUUGGCAAAAUCGAGUAUUACAUUAGCCAUCGCAAUCAGCGAGAAGCGCAGAUCCUCGAGUUCUUCGUCCAGCGACCCAACGAUCGCUGGCAAGCGAUGGAUGUGGUGCGGGUGGUCUACAAGGAGACGCCGGAGAAUCUUUGGCCAGCCGCCGCCUACAAUGUAAACCAUCACCUUAGCAAGUUGCAGAAGGAGGGAAAGCUGCGGCUGGUCAAGUCGGAUACUAAGGAUGAGGAUGAGGAGUUCUAUGUUUACCAGCAAAGUAGUGCCCUUUAGGUGGCAUCGCGGCCUGCUGAAGUCUUCCAUGUUAGAGUCCUUUAAUGUUUAAAGUCCUUGCAUUAGUUUUAUUUCUUGCUGGCUCUGAAUUGUACAUAACUUGAUUUUUUAAAAUAUAUUUUAUAUUAAAAGCGA